UGCGGCAGUGAGUAAUAGAGAGAGAGAGAGAGAGAGAGAGAGAGAGAAGCACCAAACAUCAUCCAGCUCAUGUCAAAGCGGAUUCAGCGACAGAAACAACGCCGAUCAGCGGCUCAGCCAUAUGGCAUUUUAACAGUGGCCCCACCGAGCGCGUGGAGUUGCAGCACAGUCCCCGUGUAUCUGGCGCUGCUGCUGCUAGGGGGAAAUCCGCUAGUCGAUUUAGCUUGUGACAGUUAGAUUGGCCGUUGUGCUGGGAGAUUUCCAUCCAUGGCUCUGGUAACCCUGCAGCGCUCGCCCACUCCCAGCGCGGCGUCCACUUCCAGCACCGCCACCACCAACGCGGGGGAGGACUUUGGAAGUGACGAUGAGCGCCGGCUAAAUCUGAGUUUAAGUGAGAGCUUCUUCAUGGUCAAGGGGGCCGCUCUGUUUUUGCAGCAGGGCAGUUGUCCACAGGGUCCGAGAGGUCAAACUCACCACAAGCAUGCAGGUGACUUACCUCAGCAUCUACAGGUGAUGAUCAACAUUCUUCGAUCUGAAGACCGCAUCAAACUGGCGGUGCGGUUAGAGAGUGCGUGGUCAGACCGCGUGCGGUACAUGGUGGUAGUCUACACAAAUGGCCGUCAAGACACUGAGGAGAACAUCUUGCUGGGGAUGGACUUUAGCAACAAAGACAGUAAGAACUGCUCUAUUGGGAUGGUGCUGCCUCUGUGGAGUGACACCAAGAUUCAUUUAGAUGGUGAUGGAGGCUUCAGUAUGACUACCGCCGGGCGCACGCACAUCUUCAAGCCGGUGUCAGUCCAGGCCAUGUGGUCUGCAUUGCAGAUUUUGCACAAGGCAUGUGAGGUGUCACGAAGGUACAACUAUUUCCCCGGUGGCAUGGCGCUCACGUGGACGGGGUACUACGAGAGCUGUAUCGCCUCUGAACAGAGCUGCAUCAACGAGUGGAAUGCCAUGCAGGACCUGGAAACACUGCGACCAGACUCUCCUGCAGUUUUUGUUGACAAGCCAACAGAGAGGGAGAGGACAGAAUGUUUAAUCAAAUCCAGACUCAGGAGUAUCAUGAUGUACCAGGACUUUGAAAAUGUCACGUCCAAAGAGAUUCGUAAUGAGCUGGAACAACAGAUGAACCGCAACCUGAAAGAGUACAAAGAGUUCAUAGACAAUGAGAUGCUGCUUAUUCUUGGGCAGAUGGACAAAGCCACUCUCAUCUUUGACCACCUUUAUCUGGGCUCUGAAUGGAAUGCUUCUAAUCUAGAGGAACUUCAGGAAACUGGGGUGGGCUACAUCUUAAAUGUUACAAGGGAAAUAGAUAACUUUUUCCCAGGAACAUUCUCCUACCACAACAUCCGAGUGUACGACGACGAGGCCACAGACUUACUGGCUCACUGGAACGAAACCUACAACUUUAUUGUCAAAGCAAAAAAGAAUCAAUCCAAAUGCUUGGUUCACUGUAAGAUGGGCGUAAGCCGCUCCGCCUCUACUGUAAUAGCAUAUGCAAUGAAAGAGAACGGCUGGACUCUGGAGAAAGCAUAUAACUUUGUCAAACAGAAGCGCAGUAUCACCCGUCCCAAUGCCAGCUUCAUGAGACAGCUGGCGGAGUAUGAGGGCAUACUGGAUGCCAGUAAGCAGCGUCAUAACCGCCUGUGGCAUCCUGAUUCCGAUUGCGAUCACCCUGACUGUGAGCAAGCUGCUUCCCCUUGCUGUGUGAAUGCAGAGACUGUGGAUCACGUCACCCCUGACCCCACUAACCCCAGGGUCACCGUAUGCUGUGAGCCUACCGCCCACUCCUCUCCAAUUAGCCUAGAUCUUGACCCCGGCCACCCACAAAACUACCACUACUACUUCCGCCGCCUGUCUGACUCGGCCCUCGACAGCAACCCUUCCACGCCUGUCCAUGCACAGCCUCUGGUGGAUGUAGAUUGUGUCUUCAUCGAGGUUGCCGAUGUGGAGCAAGAUGCGCUUCUUGACGAUGAAACCAUCGAAGGGUGCGACGGCCCUCAGUUACCCCAUUUCGGUGUCCCAGAAGAGGGUACGACCGCUCGAACCAGUUCUCGAGGGGCGGAGCCUUUGGAGGAACUACGUCUACGUUUGGAGUUCAGCACGGUGGAGGAGGAGGAUGAAGAGGAGGCUCAGAAAGAGCAAGCAGAAAUGGAGGCGUUAGCAGAGGGAACGAAGAAAGGAGAUGGAAAUGAGGGAGGAAGGAAGGAUAGUGAGGAGUUGUCAAAUAAAAAGGGGAUUGAACUUGCAAGCCUGAACCAUCUGUGCAAUGAGAACUCCAACAACAAUAACCACCUCAGAACGCAACAAAAGCUCACUGAAAGUGCCCAUCUGAAGCAGCAUGCUAAGCCGAGGCUUGCUCCUGGUUUGUUGUUCGCCUCCAAGCCCACCCAGAGUGCUCUGUUGGAGACUAACAGACAAGGCCUUGCCCCUUUACCCCUCAACAGUGUUAUCUCUAUACCCAAUAUCUCUAUUCAGACGCCACCCUGUGCCAACUUGCCCAUGACAGCCAAGUGUGGCAAGCUUGCCUCAGAUCUGUGCCUUGAUGCCAAUGCAAUGCCCUCGGGGCAUAAAGAUAAGCCAGAAAGCAAAUCUCUUGACAAAGAAACUGAGAACCGGACUCCGAUUCUUGAGGCCAAAGGGGAAGGAGAUUUCAGACAGAAAAAGACUGAUGCACAAGGUUCCUCUGCUCUACACAGGAACGAGAGAGAGAUGAAGGGCUUGGAGAAGGCGGAGCCCGCUUGUUCUCCACAACAACAAGAGACCCUGAUGCAGCUGCAACGCUCUGGCCUUGUUCGUCGCCGAAAAGAGCGAUUGGAAAAACUCUCCGGUCUCUUCCAGGAGCGUGCACGUGCAAACGAGCAACGGGGAGCAGGUUCAAGCAAAAUCGAGGAUGCAACAAACAAUUCCAGUGAAUUGCCUUUUGGAACACGGGCAGAGUUCGCUACCGAAGCAGAAGUGCCACUGACGAAUGAAGUCUUGUUGGCGGUCCUUGGGUCAGGUGGCCAGACACCGGUCUCCUCCCCGCAUGGUUCCACGCUCACCCGCAGCUCCAGCAGCGACAGCCUCCGCAGCGUACGUGGCAAACCAGGCCUUGUGCGUCAACGUACCCAAGAAAUUGAAGCCCGAAUGCGACUUGCAGGACUUACUGUACCUUCUCGACUAAAGCGUUCCAACUCUCUCGCCAAACUAGGCAGCCUCACCUUCUCAUCUGAGGACUUGUGCUCAGCAUGCUCCUCUGAUGCAGGGACCCUUCUCAUGCUGUCAUUGUCCCCAGAACCUGAGCACUCACUCAGCCCAGAAUGGGCCAGACCGUGGCCCUCUUCCUCGUCCUCCACCAACAUGGAGGUCUUCAACCAAGGCGAAGCUGGGCCUAAAGAGUCCAAGAGCUGACAGCGGGCAACAGUUUUAGAGCAACAGUACCUUUGGUUUCAGCUUCACCUGGAGUUCUGCAGCAAUGUUACUGAGAUAUUUAUAUUUAUAUAUUUUUUAAACAUUUCAGCCACUUGGGGAAAAUUGGCCAUUCACAGAAGUUCUUGAGGUGAACAGAUCUAACAAGUUGGGUAAACAGUGUCUUCUACAAAAGAAUUGCUUUCUUUUAUGAAUAUAAAAAUAAUAUUCAAUGAAUCCAAAACCUUCUGGACAGGCUCAAUAGAUGUGUAUUGCACUGAGUGACGAACAGCUCAUGAGGUUUUCACUGCUCUUCCUCUCUGCUGUUCUGAAGCAAAAUAAGCACUCGCCAUCCCAGAGGCCAUUACUUGAAAGCGUCAAAAUAGACUAUUGUGUAAUGUUUCCAUCAGCCCACCCAUUUAUCGCUCCAUAAAUCACUUAAUCGUCACCCGGUAUGAGUCACAGAUUCCUUCGGACAUGGUCACACAUUUGAAAAGGGUUUUAAAAAAAAUCAUACACCCUGCUGUGCUCAUGCUUCCUGGCUGGAUGGUGAAAGGAAAUGGACUCUUUGCCGUGAUUAGGAAAGUUUUUUUGUAUGCUGAUGGACUCUUUUUUCAUUCACAAAGCACUGAUGAUUCACUCACAGGUUUCAAAGUAGUACCUCAUACCAGUACAGUACUGUUCGUAAGCCAGGCAGAUAACUAAACAG